AUUUUCGCAGAUUUUCCAUCUGAUAAGAAAAAAUAGCUCCAUAACUCCCCACAUCAUUUUUGACAAAGCAAGCCCUUCGAAAUGAUUUCACGAUAAAUCGGACCUCACUCUCCUCUCACGACAUUAUUCAAGCCUUCCACCAACUCCACCACCAUACAUUUGAUUGAUUGAUUGAUUGAUUCAUUCAUUAAUGGCCUUGGCACACGCCCUCUAGGCUCUACCAUGUCUUUUUAACACUAUGGUUGGGCUUGUUGGGGGUCGAUUCACCUUCAUCGUUUGUGGGUCGCAUUCCCCUCUGAUUCAUAAUAUUACGAGUUUGCUACAAUAAAUUACGAGAGGGUAAGAAAGUUCUGGGUGCAACCCGUUGUUGGCGAAAUAUAUUGCAGACAUUCACACUUUCAUACAGUCACACAAUCCAGCUGUUACUGUUACUGUUACUUUAACCUUAUAACUGUUAUUCAAUUGCGACGUGGAACAGUCUUCUUAGCUUAUAAAGACCCGUGCAAAGAUUCUCCAUCCUUCUUCGACUAUUUUCUUGCAGGUCUUAGGACAAUCAAAUCACAUCGGCAUAAUCAAAUAUCGCACUAUCAUCACCGUUCCUGGAAACAUAUUUCUGUAGUUUCGCAUAAGCAAGCUACGGUUUGGUUAGAAUGGCAGCCGCUAUGACAGCAGAUUUCACUCCAGAUACACCUCGGGAAGUAGUGUCUAAAGGGAGAGAGGCUUUAAUGAAUUCUGUCGAGGAUUGUAUAUACGGUUCAGUGUGUGAUGCCUGCAGAAAAAGCCAAGAUGAUUGCUAACAAAUGAAUAGAUUGCUGGAGUGGCUGGCAAAUAUAUCGAAUAUCCUUUCGACACGGUCAAAGUACGACUUCAAUCCCAACCUUACCAUCUUCCCCUGCGGUAUACAGGGCCUCUCGAUUGUUUCAAACAAUCCAUUCGCAGUGAUGGGAUUCUAGGAUUAUAUAGGGGUAUUAGUGCUCCACUAGUUGGAGCUGCUCUGGAGACCAGCAGUCUUUUUGUUUGGGAGCAAGCGAGUAGAGAAGCGCUCCUCAAGGUAGGGAUAUAUAAGAGCGAUCAACCACUUCCUCUUGAGGCGUUAUGGAUGACUGGUGCACUUUCUGGUGCCCUCACUUCCUUAAUCCUCACGCCCAUUGAAUUGGUCAAAUGCAAAAUACAAGUACCAAGUGCCGCCGCAAAUAGUUCGGCUCCCGUUGCUGCUAAAACAGUCUCAGCAGUUAUCCGUGAGGUAUGGCAUCAUCAGGGCAUUCGUGGUUUUUGGAAUGGGCAGUUGGGUACCUUAAUUCGUGAAACGGGUGGAUGCGCCGCUUGGUUUGGUAGCAAGGAAACUGUUACUUCACUUUUUCGAAAAUUGAACGACAAACGUUCACCCCAAAACCCUUCUCUAGUUCUACCUACCGAGCUAGUACCGCUACCUUUUUGGCAACAAGCUCUCGCUGGCGCCACAGCAGGCAUGUCUUAUAAUUUUCUCUUCUUUCCUGCGGACACCAUCAAAUCUCGCAUGCAAACCGCUUCUACUUCAUCCACGGCACCCCGCACGACAUUCAUGCAAGAAGGCGCUCUUCUCUGGAAACAACAUGGCUUGAAGGGCAUGUACCGAGGUUGUGGUAUCACAGUCAUGCGAUCAGCACCUAGCUCCGCAUUCAUAUUCAUGAUAUACGACGGAUUAAAGAGUCGUUUCCAUCUCUCCUAACUCUCAUUUCACAUUUGACCAAUUACGGCACGGCACGCAUGUACAUAACAUUGGAACGUUCUCUACUUUCCAUUUGCACACCACAUUAUAUCAUUUUAGAGUGGCUGGCUAUAGAAAACAAACUCGGGUCUUUCUUUUCGGCUAGGAGAUAGAUCAUCACGGCGGGCGUUGAGGGAGUUCAGGAAAAUUUAGAUUGGCUGACGCGCUCGGCUGAUUCGGUAAGGAGGGGCAAGGUGAGACAAAAGAUAGUCUCCUCAAGGGGUAGGAUUGGGAUGAAGGAUUUGAAAGGGUAGUUUUGAGUUAGAAGGGUCCGAGAUCUCGGGUCGAUCAGCUAGCUUUGCAAAAUUUAUUAAUAUAGACGGAAAAGGAGCAGGGUAGAUUUAUUGAGGUUAGAACUAGGUACUCGUAGUUCAUAUUGAGAAGAAAUCGCGAAGAACUAUUGACGAGCAAGUUUUAUCUCCA